AUGUCGGACACGGCCGGUGUCUCGGAUGCUGAAGCUGCGCGCAGGCAUAUCAUUCUAACAGAAGUAUUUGGGGUGCAUCCACGCGUGAUUGUAGAUGCACUGGUUGUUUCCGCCAAUGAACAUCUUUACAUUCGUGGCUCCCAAUUAGAGGAUACUGUGUAUGCUCUACUGGGCGACACAGAGCAUGCCGACAAAGCAGCGGAAGAAGGCGUGCACUCUAUAACGACGCUUCUUGAACAUGUAAUUGAUCACACAAUGGACACAUUUGAAUUGUACUGCUUACGCUCGAUCUUUGUCAUCACACCAGAACAAUCGCAAUUCAUGACCAUGGCGCACCAUCGGGGUCUGGAUUUACGGCCCGCGGAACCUGCACCGCAAGAAGCGCAGUCGGAUGAUUCUAAUACUGUAUCCAUCGUACCUGGACUGGAAGACCAGCUUCAGCGCCGACUAGCAUGCGCGCGCGCAACACAACAUCGCCUAGCUCAGGCUGAGGCCGCCUCUAAGCUUCGUCUUAAUCGCAUCAUUACAGCUGCCCGUGCCUUCGAUUUCAUCUUAGAAGGUGCUCGGACAUUCUGUGAAGAAAAUGAUGCAAAUGCAUCCGGUGCUGUGACGAAUACAGCGGACGAUAUCAUGUCGCAAGUUUACAAUGUACUGGAGGCACUGAGUACGCUUAUGGAUGCUGAACCGCUGACCGUUUCUCUUCCCCCGACUUCGCACAACACCAUCAAUGACAGUGAAGAGUCUGCUACUGUAGACACGCGACGUGAGUGGGAAAAGGGCCGCGACGAAUACCUAAAUUGGGAGGCUCAACGCAUCCUUGCCAGCAUGAAGCGAACCUAA